GCGGCGGAUCCUAUAGAGUAGCUGAGUUACGACGACGUCUGUCCCAAUGGCUUUCGUCCUCAGAACGGCCAUGCAGUCUGUAGGGCUUUCCCUCUCCCUGCUAGGAUGGGUUCUGGCCAUUAUCACAACCUAUCUGCCCCACUGGAAGACCCUCAACCUGGAACUGAACGAGAUGGAGAACUGGACCAUGGGGCUCUGGGCAUCCUGCGUCAUCCAGGAGGAAGUGGGGAGGCAGUGCAAAAUCGUGCCCAGGUGGGAGUUCGGGGAGGCCCUCUUCCUGGGCUGGUUUGCUGGCUUCUGUCUUGUACUAGGGGGCUGUCUGCUGCACUGUGCAGCCUGCUCGAGCCCAGCUCCCCCAGCCUCCGGCCACUAUGCAGUGGCAGGAUUUCGAGACCAUGGUUCAUGCCUGGAAAACGGAAGUGCACAGCCUGAAGUGUAAGCCGCCGCCAGCAGGGCAGAGUCACGUCCUUCAGCUGCUGACUAAAGGU